GUAAUCACCGUCCCCUGGCGGAAGUUUACCCCCGGCCGACGGACAGCAAGAGAGCGAUGGCGGGGGACUCUUCCACGGAGCUUCUCUUCUUAGACACGUUCAAGCAUCAGAGUGCAGAGUUAACCAACGUGGACGUGGUGCGGUUUCCGUGCGGGGUGCUGAUCACAGAGGUGCGGGUCAUCCCUCCAGGAAUCAAAGCGCACAGCAACUUACCUGACAGCAGAGCGUUUGGGGAGACGUCUCCUCACGCCUUCCAGUUGGAGCUGUUCUUCAACAAUGUCACCAAACCCAACAACCCCACGUUUCACAGACUGGGCAGUCUGGAGUAUGACGAGAACAAGUCCAUCGUCUUCCGACCCAGCGGAAAGGUGAACACAGACGGCCUGGUGCUGCGUGGCUGGUACACCAGUCUGACUGUAGCGGUGUAUGGGACAGCAGAGCGCUCACAUGGACAUGAUCAAGGCUCACCCCCUCCUCCGCCACCACCACCCCCUCAACAGCCCAGCGGACCCAAGAGGAUCGUCAAACAAGAGUGGGAAAAAGAUGACCAGUACAACGGCAGCCCACCCAGACCAGCACCCAGAGGGCCUCGUACUCCACCUGGGCCUCCACCCCCCGAUGAUGACGAUGAAGAGCAAGUCCAAGUGCCAGUGGGAGUGGUCAAAGAUGAGCCGUGCCAGGGCCGUGACGACUACCUGGAGGCCGUGUCACCUGAAAGGUCGCUGCCUGCUGAUGAAGCCUAUUCUGAUGCCGAGCAAGAGGAAGAAGGUGAUGAGGAAGAAGAGGAGGAGCCGGAGGAGGAAGAUGCACGAACUGAGGGGAGCGUUCCAGAGGAGGAAGAGGAAGAAGAGGAGGAGGAAGAUGAGGGUGAGGACGAGGAAGAGGAGAUGGAGGAAGGUGACGAUGGCUAUGAGCAGAUUUCCAGUGACGAGGAUGAUCUCGAUAACGGUAGCUUCAAGCUGCCCACCUUUGACAUGGACUACACUCCCGAGGACCUGGCGUCUGUCCCACCUGUCCAGUAUGACCCAUACGAGCGAGAACUCAGACCCCUACUCUUCUUCACCCCUCCGUACAAGACCCGCUUUGAUACCCAGUUUGAGAAGGCCAGUGUGGAGGAACCCAGGGACCCUGGUGGAACAGAAGGAGCAGUGGUCGGAGAGGAGGCUGAGGCGGUUGCACAGUUGAAAGAGCUACUAACUAGUAUUGGAGAUGACAGAGAUGCUCGCUGGGUUACAGCUCUGGAAGAGGCAACUGGACUUCUGGCCAAAGGGUUGGCUUAUUUAAUCAAACAAGGAGAGCCAGAGAUGGAGGGAGCUCUUGGAGUUUUAGCACAAUGGGCGCUCCAAGCACUAAGUAUGGAGAUUGCACUCACACAACCCAUUGCUCUUAACCUCAGACAGCUGAAAGCUGGUGCUAAGCUUGCGUCAUGCCUGGCAGACUGUCCACAAGGUCUCACAACUCUGCUGCGUGAAGGGGCCCUGGAUGUCCUGCUGGAGCUGCUCAACGCAGACCACGUCUCCUCCACACUGAAGCUGAGUAUCCUGAGAGCUUUGGGUGCUCUGAUCAGUGCUCCUGCUGGCGUGGAGGCUUUCCUACAUGCAGGAGAGACCGAGAAAAGUGGCUAUCAGCGUUUAGUCCAGCUGUUCCUGCGUGAAGAAACGGUGAGGGUCAUAACAGCCGGCAACGCUAUAUUACAGAAAAGCCACAUGUACGAGGUACUGGUCGACCUGCAGCGAGCAGCAGCAGCAUUUAGCGAACCACAGCAGGUAGACACACACUCUCAAACACUCUCAUUUACACAUGCAUACGUAUUUCAAAGACUGUGUUUCUUUCAUGAUGAUCAUGACUGUCAUUUUCAGGAGGAGAUGGAGGACGUCGAGAGCCCCAUGGAGGAGGAACCAUCGCUUAGCUCCUCUCCUGUGAGUGAGGCUGAGCUUGAUAGGCUGGCGGGGGUCUUGGAAGAGUUACAUCACCUGCUGGAGACGGCUCCUAACUGCAUGGUGCAGCCACCAGGGAAAGCCUUCCCCACUUCUGUUAGAAUAACAGGACCACAGGAGAGGGACGAUCCAUACCCAGCACUGUAUAGGUACAUGCACGCGUGCCAUUUCCUGGAGAGCACAGCAGCGGUGUUGUCAGCAGCCGCAGCAGCUGGCCACCUCGGUGUCACCCAAGCUGUUAGAGAGCUCCUACGCUUCCUGUCGCUCACCCAGUCAGGUCUGCUCUUCCUUCUCGCCCAGCCCACUCCCACUAACCUGCUGCUGCGUCUCCUGGCAUCGAUGGUAGAAGCCGAGGGCGAGGACACCACCUUCACUGGGGGAGAGGGAGGUCUCACGGGGCCAGGGUUCGGUGAGGAGGGCUUCGGUGUGUGGCUAAUGCAGGCGCUGCACGCUCUGCAGGGUGUGUCAGAGCUUAUGAGCCAUGUGGCCACGGGGGGAGAUGGAGGAGCUGGACUAGAGGAAGGUGACAACGCAGAGGUACUGGGCAUGCUCCAUGCACUCUACCUGAUGACCUUUACACAGACUGGUCGCAGUGCUGUGGCUCACAUUUUCAGCAUGGACAACAACCUCUCGUGCCUGGUCACCCUGCUCCAGCACCACAGCAAGGACGGACAGGGUGAGGCCAAAGCUCGCAAAGCAGUGACCUAUAACUACGCCUGUAUGCUGGUGCUACUAGUAGUUCAGACCUCUAAUGAACUGCGGAUGAUGGAACAAUAUGCCGCCCCACUCCUCUCCAUAGCUAAGGCUGAUGACACCAAUGCCAAGUUACAGGAGCUUUGCAAAUGGCUGGAGCCUCUGGAAAAACUCCGCUUUGAGAUUGGCAGCAUCCCCACCCUCAUAGACUACAUCAAACAGAAUGUGGAAAAUGUGUUGACUGCUGAGGGAACUGGACUGGUCACUGCUCUCAGGGUCCUUUAUCACAUUGCCUGCCCCCCACCUCCUGUAGAAGGUCAGCAGAGGGACCUCAAGUGGAGUCUCGCAGGCGUUCAGCUGUUCUCCGGCGAGGGUUUGGAUACUUGUGUGCGCGUCCUGCAAAAGUUGUGCAGCGUGUUGCUGCAGCCAUGGCGUGUGCAUGGACACAUGGGCCCCACACCGCAGCGCUGCAUGAUCCUCAGUAUUUGUAUCAGCACGCUGCGAUUGCUGCGCACCAUGCUGACAGAGCUGCUGCGCGGGGGAGCAUUCCAAUUCAGGGACACUCGCGUGGCCAACGUGUUGGUGACGCUCCACAUGAUAGUGUGCUCCAUCCCCGCGUCUGGACGUUUAGACGGAGAGGAGACCAGAGUGCAGGCGCUUAUCGUUGAUGUACUACUCACCUUCACGCAAGGUGUUAAUGAAGAGGUGACUCAUACAGAAGAGACUCUGGCCAGUAACACAUGGUCUCUGAUGCUUAAGGAGGUUUUGGGCUCACUGCUCAAAGCUCCUGAAGGUCUGUUCUCUGGUCUGACGUUGCUGUCUGAGCUCCUACCUCUUCCACUGCCAAUGCAGAGCACUCAGGUGAUAUCAGUCCAAGAUGUGGCUGUAGCCUUGAACACAAGAAAACUGUGGAGCAUGCACAUACGGGCACAGUGGAAAGUGUUUUCCGAGGCGUUGAGGUGUGUGUGUGUCACCACCUGCCCUCCUCUCCUGGCCAUGUUGAGGAGAAUGUGUGUUCAGCUGGCAGACCUGUCUUCACCCACCGCAACGCUCAUCAUGAAGACUCUGCUGGAGCUGCUGUUGGAGGAGCUGCAACCGGUGGAGGGGAAAGCUGUGUGCUGGGGCCAAGUCCUGCGUCUGCUUUCUUUGAUGGACGCUCUGGUGUCACAGAAAGCUUGUAAGAGUGCAGCGCUGCACCUCUUGUCCGGGUCCGUGUCUGGAGACGAACAACUGGCCGAUCUGUUUCCGUUGCUCCUGUCUCUGUUGGUUCCUCCAGCUGACCACUCCUUACAGCAGCAGCAAUGCAGCGAACUAGUGGGGACAAUAUUACAGUCACUGUGUGACCAGGAUAUUUCUCUGGUGGUAUCAGCACCUGGGGAAGGCUGCCUGUCGGAGGCUGAGCAGCUGGCCAAUGCUCUUCCAGGGCGAGAGAUGAUGUCAUCCGUGUGCAACGCCUUGUUGGAGGUUUUGGGGAAUGCAGACAGCAGUGUACCUCUUCUCCUCACCUGUAUCAGGACUCUGACGUUCCUCACCGAGCACGACUAUGGACUCUACCACCUCAAAGUUGCUCUGAAGAAACAUGGUGCAGGUUUGUGCUCGCUGUUGAAGAGAUUGGUGUUUCCCUUCAACAAGGACUCAGCAGAUCUCCUCUCAGCUCUGCUUGACUUCCUCAGACAGAUCGUCAACACAGAAACAAUGUGUGUUGAUGAGGGCCAGGGGUCCGGUGAGGAGUCUGCUUUCACUGCUCCACGGUUACUGUCAGGCUCUGAGAUGAAAACUCUGCUGCAGUGGGAAGAGUCCGAGUCCCAUCCACUCCCUACAUUAGAGAAACAGAUUACGAAACUGUGUAAGGAGGACGAAUCACUGGAGCCGAUGUUGGACAAUGUAAUUGUUCUGAGGCAGACACUGGAGACGGCUACAGACACACCUCCUGUAGUUGAUACUGAGCCCACCCUGCCACCACCCGAGACACUUGGGGCCCAGUUUAAUCACAGGACGGUGUUUAUUGUGUCAGAAGCUCUUGAUGAACAGCUGAAGACUCUGUGGUUCUCGCCCUUCCAAACUGAUGACAUAGAAGCAGACCUUGAUAUGGUGAAGGUGGAUCUGGUGGGUCUGGCUCAGGAGUGUUGUCCAGAGCUGGACCUGAAGGCAGAGCUGGAGCGAUCCUUCCUGUCUGAGCCCUCCUCGCCCGGUCACACGAAGGCUGCAAAAGGCUUCAGAUUGGGCAAACACAAGCACGAGACGUUCAUCACAUCAAGCGGUAAAUCAGACUACGUCGAGCCUGCAAAGAGAGCCCACAUCAUGGCUGUUCCUCGCGGCCGUGGAGGUCGAGGAGGGUUUGGACAGAAUCUCUGCCGACCCCACGACAUCUUCCGCCAGCGCAAACAGAACACCUCCCGUCCUCCCAGUAUGCACGUUGAUGACUUUGUGGCGGCUGAGUUUAAAGAUAUUACAACCCCUCUUGGACUUUUGCCCCCUAAACGGCCGCCCAAGAGCUCCCCCAAACCCCCCACCAGAGGACUGUUCACUGGCAACAGAGGCAGAGCCACCUUCCACAGCCAGACUCGCUUUUUCACUCCACCACAACCUAAAGGCGUACUGCUGUCCGGUAACUACACUCGCAGAGAAGGAGGCCGAGGUUCCUCAUGGAGUGGACAAGUUCCAGCCGUCACCCACAGAGGAACCUACAGUGAACCCCGCGGAGGCCAGAGCAACUUCACACGUGGGCCACUGCCCUCCAGACAACCCCCAGCAAGUGCAUAUCGACUGGCUCCACGGGAUCGAGCUCCACGUGGAAGAGGAGGCGCUGGACUGUCGUGGCUUAGCGGGGGAGGGGGAGGAGGAGGAGGCGGCGGUGGCGGCAGUGCUGGAGGGGGAGGUGGAGGUGGAGGAGGAGGAGGAGGGGGUAGAGGAUCUCAGGGGAGCAAGUUCAGCGGUGGGGGAGGGAGCGGAGGCGGGAGGGGCAGACACGUUCGCUCCUUCACCAGGUAAACUCACCUGGGCAAUGACUGUAGCCUUUCAUGGCAACAUAUGGACCAAGCAGGAUAUUAAAUAUACUGUCUCCAUGGAAACGUGGUGGGAUGAUGUUGUCACAACGUACAGACUCUGUGUUGAUGUUUUAUGUUUUGUUAUCAUGAGUUGUAUUCAGAGAAUAAAGGUCAUAGAAAUCAA